AUGACAACCAUGAUUCAGUUCUCCAAAAGCGACUUUGUCAACCCCGACGUGCUAAACGCAAUGAAGCCACACCCGGUUUACGGCUACGCGCACGGCAAGGGCAAGUCGGUCCGUAGUCGCACCGAGCAGCUGCCUGAGCCUAAGGCGGUUACUGAGGACGACAGUGAUAUCAAAAUCCUGGACGAAUGA